UUGGGAUAACAUGGGCUGAUUAGGCCUCUGUUAUUUUGGCAUGUAUUCCACAGGUCCACUGGCUCUCCUUUCCUCUGAAAGUCAUUGAAAGCCUCCAUCCCAAGCUAUUGAGUCCCACCCACACACCAGCCUGAGAAUGACCUGUCCUAGUUGGCCUUUCAGAAAGCUGCCUUGUUCAGUUCUUCCUGGCAUGUUUCUAUUUUAUUUUAACUUAGGCAAGUUCCCAGUGACCUGACAGAACUUCUCAUGGUCCAGUAACUCCUGAAAUCCAAGCUCCAAAGGCUGGCGGUGCCUUUUCAACUCUCAGCGUCACUCGCUGCCUCUACUCGCUUCCAUGCGAGGCUAAACCUGGAGGAGUUUAUUUCUAGAACUUUGUAGCUUCUUGUGCUAGCUGAUUUUGAGGAUUUCUUGGAGCCAAAUCUUGUGUAUGUUGUUUGUCUCUUUCAAUACACUGCCUUGACUUGCUUGCUGUGAAGGGAGUAUGCAUCUGGAGAUCAAAGUUGCUCUGAACUUCAUCAUCUCGUACCUGUAUAACAAGCUUCCCCGGAGGCGGGCAGACCUGUUUGGUGAAGAGCUAGAACGCCUGCUGAAGAAGAAAUAUGAGGGCCACUGGUACCCGGAAAAGCCUCUGAAGGGUUCUGGCUAUCGCUGCGUCCACAUCGGGGAAACGGUGGAUCCGGUGGUGGAACUGGCGGCCAAACGGAGUGGGCUGGCCGUAGAGGAUGUGCGAGCCAAUGUGCCUGAAGAACUGAGCGUCUGGAUUGAUCCUUCUGAGGUCUCCUACCAAAUUGGCGAGAAAGGGUCUGUCAAGGUCCUGUAUCUGGAUGACAGUGAGGGCUGCAGUGCAGCUGAGCUGGAUAAGGAGAUCAAGAGCAGCUUCAACCCUGAUGCCCAGGUGUUUGUCCCCAUUGGUAGCCAGGACAACUCCUUGUCCAACUCACCAUCACCAUCUUUUGGCCAGUCACCCAGCCCCACCUUCAUCCCCCGCUCUGCGCAGCCCAUCACCUUUACCACUGCCACAUUUGCUGCCACAAAGUUUGGCUCCACCAAGAUGAAGAAGGGUGGGGGUGGGGGAGCAGGAGCUCAACAGCAGCAGCAAAGGAUGGCCAGGUCACCCACCAACAGCCUGCUGAAGCACAAGGGCCUCUCCCUCUCUAUGCAUUCUCUGAACUUCAUUGGGGGCGGAGGGAGUCAAGCUCCUCAGUCACAGCUCUCCCCCAAUGCCAAGGAGUUUGUUUACAAUGGCGGAUCGUCUGGAGCCAGCGGCCUCUUCUUUGAGGGUGUCACCAAUGAGAAUCAGGGCGGCAGCAUCCCGCCGGAUUCCCAGUUCAGCACUAGCACCAGCGGCGGCAGUGGCUUUGACAUGGCUCAGGUCUUCAGCAGCAGCAGCAACAGCCUCUUUCUGGAGAAGUCUCCCUUUGUGGAAGGACUCAGCUACAACCUGAAUGCCAUGCAGUAUCCCAGCCAGUCUUUCCAGCCUGUUGUCCUGGCCAACUGACCAGGAGGAAGGAGAAUAUUUGGGGAAAACAAGAAUUAAAAAAAAAAAAAGAGAAGAAAAAUGAAAAAUAGAAAUAUACAAAAAUUUGAAAUCUUAUAAAUAUAGCUUCUUGGAAAGAGAGACAACCCCGGAGUCGUUGUGCUGUGCCGGGCAGCGCUCCUGAAGCACUGAAUUGUUUUUUAACUCAAUCCUCGUGCUUUUUCCUGCCCACUUUUUUACUCCUGUAAUGGGUUUGUUUGGUCCAGAAAUGGUGGAAACAAAGGUCACUUUAUCUUCCUGUCUCCCAACUUCCUCCUCAGAGCUGGGCUUUAGUUUCUUGUUCUUUGGUGUAGAGAUGGCCUGUUCUGGGCAUUCCCAUAUCCCUGGGUGCGAGGCUGCCUUGCUGAGAGGGGCAGGGGUAUUUGUUUGGUUUUCAGUCCCAGGUAAGAGGUGCACAGUUUCAUUGUAUGCUUCCCAGAGAGGGGUGUGGGGGGCUUCUUACCAUGAUUAGUCAGUUCCUUUCCUCCCACCGGGAACAGACAAGGGGAGUGUACCAAGUACUCCUUACCCUGCUAGCUUUAGACUGCUAUGACCUUGUCAUCCAAAACCCUUCAAAACUGCCACAGUUGAUGCCAGCCUCUGUUUCGGAAUAAGAUUCCCCCAGUCUCCUUUUCCUUGCCAGGCGGAUAAGUUGGAGCACUGCUAUGAAAUGGCUGCUUCCUGCUAUCUUCCCUCUCCACACUUUCACCCAGAGGUGAAUGCUGGAGAAGAACAGCACUCUGUUAUACCAGAGAGUCCAUUUAUGAUUCCUACCCCCACCCUCAUGCACAAAGGAUCUUGUCUGAGCUGGUCUCUUCAAGUUGGUCAGAGCCAGUGUCAGUUCAAUAGGGUUGCUAUUGUAUACAAGCACUACAGUAGGUGCACCCACUGCUGUUUAUAGGGAGGAAGUAUCGGUCCUUAUAUAUUGCACUUCUCUUUCAGGGGACAUGGUUAGAUAUGCUGCCUCUCACAUUCUUAUGCGCUUUUCUUUUCCCCUCCAAUGUAAGCAGCAUCCACUGAUGUUCCUUUGGAGCAGUCUCCACAUGUUUUGCGUUCUUACUGUCAGCUGCCUUUGGUUACAGGCUCUCGUGGGGGGUGGGGAGGGUGUCCUGCUUUUGAAGAGGCAGCACAGCUUUCUGGAGAGCGCAGGGGGUUGCAGCGCCCAGGCUGCUUUCCUGAUUGAUGGCUUGAGGGGUGUCACUUCCUGUUUUCUUUUA